AUGUCUUCUGACAAGUUAUGGCCCUUUGAUGCCUCGGCGGCCUCUCUCGUGUCCCGUGAAGAACUGAAGAACCCGAAGUUUGUAGGCAAAGGCGGUUUCGGUGUAGUAUUCCGUGCACAUCACAAAAAAUGGGGCCAUGAUGUUGCAGUCAAGAUCGUGAACUGGGAGGCGAUAUCCAGGGAGGUGAAAGCUAUGGCGAAUCUUCGUAACCAGCACGUGCUGCUCCUGCUGGGGGUCACCGAGAACCUCGAGUGGAACUACGUGUCUGGGCCGGCUCUGGUGACAGGAUUCAUGGAGAACGGCUCCGUCGCCAGGCUGCUGCAGCCCUGGUGCCCUCGGCCCUGGCCUCUCCUCUGUCGCCUGCUGCAAGAAGUGGUGCUGGGGAUGUGUUACCUGCACAGCUUGAACCCAGUGCUCCUGCACCGGGACCUCAAGCCCUCCAAUGUCCUGCUGGACUCAGAGCUCCACGCCAAGCUAGCAGAUUUUGGACUGUCCACAUUUCAGGGAGGGUCACAGUCAGGGUCAGGGUCCAGGAAUACAGGGGGUACCCUAGCUUACUUGGCCCCAGAGCUAUUGGUUAAUGUCAACCGGAAGGCUUCCCCAGCCAGUGACGUCUACAGCUUUGGGAUCCUCAUGUGGGCAGUGCUGGCUGGAAGAGAAGCCGAGUUGGUAGACCAGACAUCACUAGUUCGUGACGCAAUCUGUGAAAGGCACAAUCGACCAGCAUUGUCAGAACUGCCUCCACACAGCCCUGAGACUCCUGGCUUGGAAGUACUGAAGGAGUUAAUGAUACAUUGCUGGAGUCCUGAGCCCAAGGACAGGCCAUCCUUCCAGGAUUGCCGACCAAAAACCAAUGAUACCUACAUCCUGGUACAGGACAAGGUAGAUGCUGCUGUCUCCGAGGUAAAGCAGUAUCUGUCUCGGCGGCGCAGAAACAGCGACACUAAGUUGUCUGUCCUAGAGCCAGGCCCUAGCGGUGCAGAAAUGGAUAGCCCUGGGGAAAGCACAGUUUCUGAAAUGCUGGACCAUCUGCAGCUGGAGGGGUCCCCCAGGCCGGUUCCUGAAAAGGGCACACACCUUACUGAGAGGGGAAGAACCCAGGAAGAACCAACUGGGCAUGCCACAGCAGCAGUGACAUCUUCAGAUACAGUGGCUGGAACUCCCCAGAUGCCACAUACUAUACCCUUCAGAGGCCCAACACCCGGCCCAAACUCUGCCGAGACCCCAGGUCCUAACCCCCAAAGGAAUGAGGGAUAUGAAAGAUAUGGCACCCAAUGGUCCUCCAGGGCCCCAGGGCCAAAUCCAGCAGCAGGGUCACUGCCGUCUGUGAGCCUCAACGACUGUUAUGCAGUGCAGAUUGGAAACAACAACUCCAUGGUAUUCCAACCAAGAACUGCUUUGCCCCAGAAGGGCCCAGCACAGUGUGGCAGGGGUAGGGGCCGGCAGCCCCUCCACAACCCACAUGCUAUUCAAGGUAGCGGUGAGAAAACACAAACUGAGCGUGGGAGGCAACCAGGGGAGUCCGGCUCAGCACGGGAAGGGGCUGGACUGUACCGUGGGGAAGUGGGAGGGGGCCUUGGCGCCAAGAGGGAAGCGCCAGUCGCCAGUUGCCUGCUGCCCUGA